AUGCCUAAAUUAAAAAAUAUUUCAUAGGAAUUAUCAAAUCCAAAUAUUGAAAGAAUUAGUUUGUAAGUCAGUAAUUAGAGAGUCGAUAUCAUAAAUAACUUCAAAUUUAAGAAGAAUUAACGAAUGAUGAUCACUAUAAUCUAGAAAAUAGGAUUGAAAAAGGUGAAUAAUUCUUACUAUUAAAGCAAAAACAUUAUUCACUUGGAUUAUAUAAAUAAGCAAUUGAAUGGCAUGAUAAAGAAUUACAUAAAUCCACAAUAUAUUGAUUCAUUAAAUGUUAAAGGUAUAAUUAAUUCAAUAUUCAAAGGAGAUUGCUUAGGUUAAUUAGGUUAAUAUAAAUCAGCAAUUGAACGUUAUGAUAAAGCAUUGGCCAUAAAUCCACAAUUUGCUCAUUCAUUAAUGGUAAAGGUACAAUUAAUUCAAUUAUUCAACGGAGUUUGCUUAAGUUCACUAUGUUAAUAUGAAUAAGCAAUCGAAUGGUUUGAUAAAGCAUUUAAGAUAAAUCCAUCAAGGACUAAUAUAGACCUUUUCUAACACUGCCAUUAACAUGUGUCUAACUGA